UCUGCUCAGUUCAUUUAGGGCUCUACUGUCUGGGAUGGAGAGAGACAGGAACGAGAUGGCCGACAGGAUAAUAGACCUCACCCUACAGAUACUCUUCCGGUUUACUGGAGAGGGUUCGUUACAAAGCAGGACCACAGUGCAAGGAAAGGACCGGCGACGCGGUGUUCAGAAGAAUUUAGCAACUGAAGUGGAUUACACAGUAGUGAAGAAGUCCUCUAGUGGGCGCUGUCGGGCCCCUGUGUGUGAAGGAUGGGGAAGAACCCUGAGCCCAAUCCCGGGGCCCCCACCUCACUCCCUGAUACAUGAGGAAAUGGAGGAACAGAAGAUCCUAGAACUGAUCAACAAGAUGAUGGAGCUGCUGACUGGAGAGGUUCCUAUAAGGUGUCAGGACGUGGCGGUGUAUUUCUCCAUGGAGGAGUGGGAGUAUGUAGAAGGACACAAGGAUCAGUACAAGGAUCAGGUGAUGAUGGAGGAUCAGCAGCCCCUCACAUCAGCAGUCAGAUCCAGUAAGAGAACAGCAGCAGAGAGGUGUCCCCGUCCUCUUCUUCCACAGGAUCAGGAUCAGGGUGAAGAUCUGAACAGUUUUAAUGCUCCAGAGACAGAUGUGAGCAGUGAUGAGCAGUAUAAGAAGGACAUUGCUACAGAAAAAGAUCUUAUCCAUAUUAAUAUUACAGACAUAAAGGAAGAAGAGACAGAUGAGAACAGUGAUGAGCAGUAUAAGGAAAACAUUCCUACAGGAAAAGAUCUGAUCUAUAUUAAUGCUACAGACAUAAGGGAAGAAGAAGAGACAGAUGUGAGCGGUGCUGAGCAGUAUAUGGAGGACAUUGCUACAGAAAAAGAUUUUAUCCAUAUUAAUACUACAGACAUAAAGGAAGAAGAGGCAGAUGUGAGCGGUGAUGAGCAGUAUAAGGAGGACAUUCCUACAGGAAAAUAUCUGAUCUAUAUUAAUGCUACAGACAUAAGGGAAGAAGAGACAGAUGUGAGCGGUGAUGAGCAGCAUAAGGAGGACAUUUCUACAGAUGACUGUACUGGGAGAUCAGAGGAGAAUCUUAUAUCUUCAGAUUAUAAAGCAGAUGAUGAUAUCACACAAGAUACAUAUGAAGAACAUUCCAUUAUCCCAGAUACACCCUCAGCCCUUCACAGACAAGAUCUGUCAUCUGAUCCUUUAAAAACGGUCCUAUCAUCUGAGUCAUCACAGCAAAAUAUAUGGAAGCCAUUUUCAUGUGCUGAAUGUGGGAAAUGUUUUAUUCAGAAAUCAAAUCUUCGUCUACAUCAAAGAAUUCACACUGGAGAGAAGCCAUUUUUAUGUUUACAAUGUGGGAAAUGUUUUACUCAGAAACAAUCUCUUGUUAACCAUCAAAGAAUUCACACAGGUGAGAAGCCAUUUUCAUGCUCAGAAUGUGGGAAAUGUUUUAUUCAGAAAUCAUAUCUUCGUCUACAUCAAAGAAUUCACUCCGGAGAGAAACCAUAUUCAUGUUCAGAGUGUGGGAAAUGUUUUACUUGUAAAUUAUAUCUUGUUAAACAUCAAAUAACUCACACAGGAGAAAAGCCAUUUUCAUGUGCAGAAUGUGGGAAAUGUUUUACUGACAAAUUACAUCUUCGUCAACAUCAAAAAAUUCACAUAGGAGAGAAGCCAUUUUCAUGUUCACAAUGUGGAAAAUGUUUUACUCAGAAAUCAACUCUUGUUAGACAUCAAAAAAUCCACACAGGAGAGAAGCCAUUUUCAUGUUCGGAAUGUGGAAUAUGUUUUACUCAGAAAUCAAUACUUAUCAGACAUACAAGAAUUCACACAGGAGAGAAGUCAUUUUCAUGUUCAGUAUGCGAAAAAUGUUUUAAUCAGAAAUCAGAUCUUGUUAGACAUGAAAAAAUUCACACAGGAGAGAAGCCAUUUUUGUGUCUGGAAUGUGGUAAAUAUUUUGCUCAGAAAUCAGAACUUAUCAGACAUCUAAGAACUCACACAGGGGAGAAGCCAUUUUCAUGUUCAGAAUGUGGGAAAUGUUUUACUCAGAAAUCAAUACUUAUCAGACAUCUCAGAAUUCACACAGGAGAGAAGGUGAAGAAGUCCUCUAGUGGGCGCUGUUGGGCCCCUGUGUGUGAAGGAUGGGGAAGAACCCUGAGCCCAAUCCCGGGACCCCCACCUCACUCCCUGAUACAUGAGGAAAUGGAGGAACAGAAGGUCCUAGAACUGAUCAACAAGAUGAUGGAGCUGCUGACUGGAGAGGUUCCUAUAAGGUGUCAGGACGUGGCGGUCUAUUUCUCCAUGGAGGAGUGGGAGUAUGUAGAAGGACACAAGGAUCAGUACAAGGAUCAGGUGAUGAUGGAGGAUCAGCAGCCCCUCACAUCAGCAGUCAGAUCCAGUAAGAGAACAGCAGCAGAGAGGUGUCCCCGUCCUCUUCUUCCACAGGAUCAGCUCAUGAAUCAAGGUGAAGAUCAGAACUAUAUUACUACAGACAUAAUAGCAAAAGAAGAGACAGAUGUGAGCGGUGAUGAGCAGUAUAAGGAGGACAUUCCUACAGGGAAAGAUUUGAUCUAUAUUAAUACUACAGACAUAAAGGAAGAAGAAGAGACAGAUGUGAGCGGUGAUGAGCAGUAUAAGGAAGACAUUACUACAGGGAAAGAUCUGAGCUAUUUUAAUAUUCCAGACAUAAUAGUAAAAGAAGAAGAGACAGAUGUGAGCGGUGAUGAGCAGUAUAAGGAGGUCAUUCCUACUGGAAAUCGCCCAGAUGACUGUACCUGGAACUCAGAGGAGAAUCUUAUAUCUUCAGAUUAUAAAGCAGAUGAUGAUAUCACACAAGAUACAUAUGAAGAACAUUCCAUUAUCCCAGAUACACCCUCAGCCCUUCACAGCCAAGAUCUGUCAUCUCAUCCUGUUAUACAGGAACUAUCUACUGAUUCACUACAGACUGUUAAGCAAAAUAAGGAUAAGCCAUAUUCAUGUUCAGAAUGUGGGAAAUGUUUUACUUGGAGAUCAUCACUUCUUAAACAUCACAUUACUCACACAGGGUUGAAGCCAUUUUCAUGUCAAGAAUGUGGAAAAUUGUUUACUUGGAAAUCACAUCUUGUUACACAUCAGAGAAUUCACACAGGGGAGAAACCAUUUUCAUGCCCAGAAUGUAGGAAAUGUUUUGCUCAGAAAUCAAAUCUUGUUGAACAUCGAAAAACUCACACAGGAGAGAAACCAUUUUCAUGCCCAGAAUGUGGGAAAUGUUAUACUCUAAAAUCACAUCUUGUUGAACAUCAAAGAACUCACACAGGGGAGAAGCCAUUUUCAUGUCAGGUGUGUGGGAAAUGUUUUACUCAUAAAUCAUAUCUUGUUGAACAUCAAAGAAAUCACACUGGGGAGAAGCCAUUUUCGUGUUCAGAAUGUGGGAAAUGUUUUACCCAGAAAUCAAAUCUUGUUGAACAUGGAAAAACUCACACAGGGGAGAAGCCAUUUGCAUGCCCAGAAUGUGGAAAAUGUUUUUCGAAGAAAUCUACUCUUGUUGAUCAUGAAAAAAUACACACAGGGGAGAAGCCAUUUUCAUGCCCAGAAUGUGGGAAAUUAUUUACUUGGAAAUCAAAACUUACUAGGCAUCAAAAAAUUCACACAGGCGAGAAGCCAUUUUUAUGUCAAGAAUGUGGGAAAUGUUUUACUUAUAAAUCAAAUCUUGUUGAACAUCAGAGAACUCACACGGGGGAGAAGCCGUUUUCGUGUGUAGAAUGUGGGAAAUGUUUUACUCAGAAUUCAAAGCUUAAGAAACAUCAGCAAAUUCACAAAGUGGAGAAACCAAUAUAGGGCACUAAAUGACUAAAUUCAGUUGCAUUAGAUGCGCAACAUCACAGUAACAACACUAUAUGGAUACAGUGUACAAGAAACUAAUCAUGGUCAGUAGUCAGCUGAAGGUCAGUACACAGGUAGCAGAAAUAUGAUUGCAGGUAAGGCAGAAUCUUGGUAAAAUACUCAGCCAGAAUUGGGUGCACAGGUACCAGUAGCAGCAGAACAAUGGCCUGAAAAGCUGGAUUAUGGUAGGAAGUACAAUAAUUUUGCAAAGAGGAAGUGGAAAGGCUGAGCUUGUAUGGGAAGUCCAGGGGUGGCGCCAAUCAGGAAAGGAAGGCUAGGAUCUACACAGACCAGGACCUACGCAAUUGGUUUAGCAAUGGGGCUCAGUGAGCAGAGUCUCCUUCAGGUUUUCAGACUAGCCCACAUCAGCACAGGUGCUGAAAACAGCUUCUUACUGGGCUGUAAAAGCUAGGUCUGCUAGGUGAAGCUGUGCAGAACUGGAUCCUCUGAUGGUAGUUUAAAUCCUAGACUGCAGCUUCAAAAAAAGGGGGCACUGUGACUAGGGUAACACAUUUGUUUCUACAUUGUUGGGUGGCUGGUAGUAAGCCACGUGGCAAGUCCCACUGUCUUUAUUUAAAAAUCUGAUAGCACGUUGUGGUUUUGUAAUGAAUUCCAUAAGCUGAAUAAAGUGUCACAAUUUGAUGCAUAACCGAUGUCUGUUUUUUUUUUU